AAUGUCUCCCUUCAUAAACCAGGCAUUUCUCCUCCUCUUUUCCUCCUCCCUCGUCCCGCCGCCUCAUACAUCACCUUCCUCCCUGCGAGCCCAUCAAUCUCUGUCCGAUCAUCCCCGCGCCACCGUCCUCCAUGGCACUCGCCCAUUACCCCCCCUCCGACCGCCAGCUCGCGUCCAUCGGCUCCUACCCCUCCUCCUCGUACCCCGACCCCUCCCCAAUGUACUCCCUCUCCCAGUUCAUGGGCUCCUCCCAGGUCGACCAGCCCUACGUGAGCAGUGUCUCCUCCUACCUUUCCGAGAGCAGGAGCCAGUGGCAGCCCGGCCUGUCCACCGCAUACCCCUCCCUCUCCAUGAGUGGCGUCUCCCCCUACUCGAGCCCCUCCUCCUCCCAGCUCUCCUACCCACCCGAGUACCCCGAGUCCGCCCAGCGCAGCGCCCUCUCCGACGCCCUGCGGCCCUCGUCGUCCUCCCGCUCAUACACAUCCGCACUGGGCCCGCCCUCGCCGCGCGACACCCCCACCCUCCAGCGUGCCUCCUGGAGCAGCGCACUCUACGUCGUCGACAGCGCCGAACCCGAGCCCGCCCUGGCUCCCUCGCCGGUGCCCGAACCCCUCUCGCCCGCUUCGCAGGUGAAGGAGGAGGACUUUGAGGGCUCGUUCAUCUUCGAGCUCGCCGCGUCCGACGCGCUGCACGGGGGCCUCGAGAGCAUGCCCGAGGUGCCGCUCCGCGCGACGCACGCGCCCAAGGCCAUGCGCAAGAUGAUGGGCUCAUUCCGCCUCGAUCCCUUCGCGAUGCACAACGGCAUCCGCUCUGCCGCCGUCGCCGCCGCGCCCGUCGGUAUUGAGGUCGGGCCGCUCCGCGAGGAGCCGGUCAUGUUCGAGUUCCAGGUCCACCUCGACUACCCGCUCGUCCCGCCCUCGCCGCGCUGGUCGCCCGCGCGCAGCGCGUCACCGCUGCUGUAUCCACUCGAGGACGAGCCUGAGGAGAAGUGGGUUGCGUCGAUGGGGUCGUACUCGCCGUUCGAGGCGGGCGCUGUCCCUGGCGCGGGAUUCGCACCACUCAUGACGCCCGCGCAGUCGCUGAAUUGGAGCAUGAGCUACCAACAAGAGGCGAGCGAUGCGCUCUCUGCCUCGCCGGCAUCGUCGUCGGGGUAUCCCGUGCAACCGCUCUCGAGUACGUAAAUUGCUUCGAGAUCUUGUUGAUGUGACGCUUAUGCCGCGCUUCUCUUCGCAGUCUUUCGCUCGGGACAGUCGCAGCCUUCGCAGCCGUCUUCACAUGCACAUUCACCACCGUCGUACAAGUCGGACGCGCAUACAUCCUCGCAUUCCCAGCACACUCAGAGCAGCAGCCCGCACGCGCACGGCUAUUCAGGCGCGACGUACGCCGAACGCGAUGUCCCCCUCUACCGCUCGCAGCGCGCAUCCGCCGCAGCGACCGCGCGGUGCCAGCAGGAGUAUAGCAGCGAGUAUGCGCCGGUGGUGCCUGGCGCACUGUCAUGGUAUCGCAAGACGCUCGCGAUUCCGGACGG